AUGGCAGACCUGGCCCCCAAUGCCCCCGAACCGCGCGCGGCCGACGAGGAGGCGGUGAUUGAAAGAGCGCGGGACAGCUUGAGCGGCUCAGACGGCGGCGCGGCGGAAAAGCUGGACGGGCUUCACGCGGUCGAGGACGAGCUGGCGGCCAAUGAUGUCGAGGCAGAGAAUUCGCCGAUCGAAGAGGUCCGGGCUGCGGUGCCGAACACGGACGACCCGGACAUGCCCUGCAGCACCGGACGAGCCUGGUUCCUGGGCGUCUUGUUCGUGCUGCUGGGCUCCGGCGUCAACAUCUUCUUUUCUCUGCGCUAUCCGAGUGUGCAAAUCACCUCGUUGGUGGCCCAGUUGGUGAGCUAUCCAUGCGGCUGCUUUCUGGCCAAAACCCUUCCUAUUGGCCGCUUCAACCCGGACCGCCACUUCAAUGUCAAGGAGCACACGCUGAUCACCAUCAUGGCCAAUCUGGCCUUCCCGUACGCCACCAUGGCCAACGUCAUUGAAAUGCAAAAGGGCUUCAUGGGCAUCGACGCUCCCGCCGGCUACAUCUUCAUGUCCAUCCUGUCCACCCAGUUUCUCGGCCUGGCCAUGGCUGGCCUCUGCUCUGAGAUCUUCGUCGAGCCUUCUGAAAUGUACUGGCCCAGCACCCUGGCCAACAUGGCUCUCUUCCGGACCCUGCACUCCAAAGAGAACCCUGUUGCCGACGGCUGGAGAAUAUCCCGCUAUCGCUACUUCAUCUACCUCUUCGUCGCUUCGUUCGUGUGGUACUGGGGGCCCGGCUUCCUCUUUACCGCCCUGAGCAACUUCACUUGGAUCUGCUGGAUUGCCCCCAACAAUGUCGUUGUCAACCAGCUCUUUGGCCAGAUUUCCGGGCUGGGCUGGUCUCCAAUCACCUUCGACUGGGCUCAGGUUGCCUACAACAACUCCCCACUUGUCAGCCCCUUCAUUGCCCAGGUCAACGUCAUCAUCGGCUGGGCCUUUUUCUACGCCAUCCUCCCCUGCAUCAUCUACUACAAAAACAUCUGGUAUACCGGCUACUUCCAGAUCAAUGCGAAUGCGGCCUAUGACAACACUGGAGCCAGCUACAACAUGUCUCGCGUCAUCGACUCAAACGGCGUCUUCGAUUACGAGGCCUACCAGACAUACUCGCCAAUCUUUUUGCCCACCUCAUUCGCCAUAUGCUUCGGCGUCGCCUUCGCACUGCUGACCUGCCUGCCCGUUUACACGAUCCUCUUCCACGGCCAUCAGAUAAGAGCCGCCAUCACGGGCCAAAACACGUACGACAUCCACCAGAGGUUGAUGCGGCGCUACCGCGACGUGCCGAAAUGGUGGUACGCCGUCAUCCUCGUCGUCUGCUUCGGCAUCGCCGUCGGCUCGGCCGAGCGAUAUGAGACGGGCUUUCCAGUGUGGGCCAUCUUCCUGGCCUUCGUCCUGGCGGGCGGCUUCGUCAUCCCCGUGUCCAUCGUCAUGGCAACAUCGAAUCAGAACGUCAACAUGCUGUGGGCGCUUGGAGAGAUCAUAGCCGGCUUCCUCAUGCGCGGCCGGCCCAUCGUCAACUCCAGUUUCAAAUACCUCAUCUACACGGGCGUCUCGCAAGCCAUGUCCUUCGGCGCCGACAUGAAGCUGUCGACCUACUCCAAGGUCCCCAAACGCACCACCUUCGCCUGCCAGAUGCUCGCCGCGCUGCUCUCCACCGUCGUCCAGACCGCCGUCCUCACCUGGGCCCUCAACCACAUCCCGGCCAUCUGCACCGCCGACCAGCCGGACAAGUUCACGUGCCCGCAGGGGCGCACCAACUUCGUCGCCAGCGUCGUGUGGGGCGGCGUCGGCCCCGCGCGGCUGUACGCCGUCGGCCAGCGCUACAGCGGGCUGCUGCACAUGUUCUGGCUCGGGGCGCUGCUGCCGCUGGCGACGUGGGCGGCGCUGCGCCGGCACGCGGGUACGCCGGCGGCGUGGUGGGCGCGCUGGCUGCGCCACGCCUCGUGGCCGCUGCUGCUGGGCGGCACCGCCAACAUACCGCCCGCGACCGGCAUCAACUUCACGGCCUGGUUCCUCGUCGGCGCCGCGUUCAACGGCGUCGCCAGGCGCCGCCGCCCCGCGUGGUGGGCCAAGUACAAUUACGUGACGAGCGCGGCGCUGGACAGCAGCGUCGCCCUGGCUGGACUCGUCAUCUUCUUCGCCGUCAGCUACCCCGGCGCGAGCGUCAGGUGGUGGGGCACCGUCGGGUAUGCGGACACGGCGGAUGGGAGGGGCGAGAGCUUUUAUAAGAUCCCCGAGGGCGGCACCAUCGGGCCGGAGACGUGGUGA